AUGUUGAAUGAGCUUCCGGGUGUUUUGAAUAGCAAUGCUCUUCCAAAACAAAGGGGAGACAAAGAAAACAAGGAAGAACCUCAGCCGAAGAAUCCAACUGAAGAAGAAGAAGAAGAAGAAGAAGAACUUUAUGAAGGCGAAAAGUUGGUCAGAAAGAAACAUGAUAAGGAGCUUGAUAGUCUAUUGCAUCUUUGCCAAGAGUUAGAAGAUAAGGAAAAGAAAGCUAAUAUUGCCAAAUUAACUCUUGAGACUCAAAAGUCACUCUUUCCUACGUGGACUAUGGAUCGAAUUCAAAAGCAAGCUAUUGACGCUCUGAACAUCUACUUGUUGGAGCCUUCCAAGGGCAUUUCUAUUUCAAUGCUUUGA